CAAGGGGGCGGGGCCUGGGCACAAGAUGGCCGCGGAGCGCCCGGAGCCCCAGAGUCCGAGCUCAGCGGCCCGGGAGCCGCGCUCCCCGGAGCUGCCAGACCUGGUCCUGGUGCCCGAUGACAGCAGCCCCGCCACGCCCCCGCCUGACCUCAUUGAGAUCCAGGUGGUGAAGGUGACGGACACCACCCUGGUGCCCGAGCCCCCGGAGCCAGGCUCUCUUCACUGUGCCUUGUGCCCGGCUGCCUUCCGUCUGGUCUCCGAGCUGCUGUUCCACGAACAUGGCCACCUGGCCGGGGCCGAGGCCGGCGGGCAGGGUGCGGACCCCAGCCGGUGUCACGUGUGUGGCCACAGCUGCCCGGGCCCCGCCAGCCUCCGCGCCCACUACAGCCUGCACACGGGAGAGCGCCCUUACCGCUGCCCGCUCUGUCCCCGCGCCUUCAGGGCUCUGGCGGCCCUGCUGCGGCACCAGCACCAGCACAGGGCGGAGCCCGGGAACUCUGAGAGGCCCCCCGAGGCGGCAGCGGCAGCGGCAGCGGCAGCGGCUCGGGGACAGGGGCCCGGGGUGCCCCCGGAGCGGUCCGAGGUGGUGAUGGCGGCGGCGGCGGCGGGCGCGGCCGUGGGGAAGCCGUUCGCCUGCAGGUUCUGCGCCAAGCCCUUCCGCCGCUCCUCGGACAUGCGCGACCACGAGCGGGUGCACACGGGCGAGCGGCCCUACCACUGCGGCGUCUGUGGCAAGGGCUUCACGCAGUCCUCGGUGCUGAGCGGCCACGCCCGCAUCCACACGGGCGAGCGCCCCUUCCGCUGCGCGCUCUGCGCCCGCACUUUCAACAACUCGUCCAACUUCCGCAAGCACCAGCGGACGCACUUCCACGGCCCGGGGCCCGGGCCCAGAGACGCCGGGAGCCAGCUGGCGGCGGGGGCCGAGGGGCCGGGGAGUGGGUGUGGGGCGGGAAACGCUCGGGAAGAGGGGCGUGGGGAGACAGCGACCAUGAAGGUGAAGGUCGACCAGUAGGCUGGUCGCCAUGGACGGUAGGCGGCAGGUUGCAGGGGAGGGGUCGGGUGGGACGAGGAGGCAGCUGACAGAAGAGGGGAGGUUGGGGGAGAGCAGAGGGACAGCCACGUUCCGGGCUCCCACAAGCCCACGGGGCAGCUCAGAGUCAGAGAAAGGCAUCAACGCAGCCCAUUGGAUGUCCAGCUAAAUGCAAGGAGCACGGGCUGAACGUCUGUCCCGUCUGCCUGCCUGUUGGGUCGAGUUUCUGCAAGACAGAGUCUGCAUCCUAUACAGAGGAGCCAGGGCUAAGGGGAUGGGCAGGUCCGGGGUCUAUCCCAGUGUCCCUGGCCAGCCCUUCAUUGCUGAACUGUCUUGGGGCCUAGGGUGGACCAGGAUGGAAUCCUUUGCCUACCUCACUGGUUGCACUGAACAUGGGAGAUGCCUGCCGGGUCCUCCAUAGAGACUGGAAUCCCAUCACCUCAAGCCAGGGGGCCCCCAAGUCAUUGACUAGAGCACUUGAACCUCCAGAAUUCAGCCUGACCGACCGUGACGAUCUCGACUCCAAGAGCUGCUGUCCCUGUCUCCAUGGUCCAUUCUAAACCCACCAGAAUCCUCUUCUGAGUCCACUGAAAUCCAGGCAGCAAACGCCACUUCACAACCAGCACCUAGGGUUAGUCUCAGCCCACCUCCACCCAGCUCUACGGAAAGCCUCAGGGUUCUCUAUUCUCCACUCCCGAUCUGAAGCAAACAGCUUACUGCCUGCCUGGCUGCCCCAAGGCCAGCGGAUGGCCAGCGCGUGGCAGCUGUGCAAUGAAAUGGGGCGAGGGGAGGACUUGGGAGCUGGAGGUGGGCGGCCUCCAGUCCAAUCCUAUUAAAGGGCUUUCGGAAGGG